AUGGCGGCACCCACUGUGGAAGAAGAUAAGUACAUUAGCUCUUCUAUAUCAGGAGUUAUUUUAACAGAUGAUGAUGGCUCUAAACCUGUGUCAGAAGAUGAGAAUGUUCCCGACUUUGUCCUCGAGCUGGUGCAGCAAGAAAUUGGCGGGGACAUAAAAUCCUUAAAGAAAGUCGCACCGCUCCUUGAGAAACUGACUGCAGAGAAUAAACUGUUGGAGGAGCAGGUGUUGACCGUGUCCAGCUCAGUGCCUCUGCGUGUCUCAGCUGCGCUGACAGCUGCAGAGCAGUCCCAGUCAAAUCUGGAGAACCUGCUUCAGAGGGAGAGGGUGCUGUCCAACACUCUUCAGCAGCAUCUCCAGGGUGCACAAAGCUGGGCUGACAGCCUGGGACAGACGCUCGGACAGCUGGACACUCUAGAGAGGCACAUGAAGUAUCUACAGUGCCUGGCUCAUAUUGAAGAGCUCAGUGACAGUAUCCAGCAGUUUCUGAUGACAAACAGUGUACAGGAGGCAGUUGGAGCAGUUGGCAAAAUGGCCAGCUUGGAUAUGGGUCUGCAGGACUCUGGCUGUAGUCACCUGCAAGCUUUCCUCAGAGAAACACUUCGCUUCUGGCACAAAAUCCUCAAAGACAAACUGGCCAGUGAUUUUGAGGAGGUGCUGACACAGCUGCAUUGGCCCUUCAUCUCUCCUCCGACUCCAUCUCUUUCCCCCUCUGCUAACACCCAGGAACUCCACGGCCAGCUGGAGCCGCUCGUAUCUCAGCUUCUGUCUCUGCAGAUAUCUGAUGACCUCAUUUCAGAGACGCCACAGCAGAUGUCCCGUCUGGGCAUACCACCAUCACCACCCCUGUCUCUGCCCAUUCAGAUCAUGCUACAGCCACUGAGCAAGAGGUUCAGGUACCACUUCACUGGGAACCGCCAGACCAACUCUCUUAGCAAGCCAGAGUGGUAUCUGACCCAGGUUCUCAUGUGGAUGGGGAACAACUCUAAAUUCAUGGAAGAGAGGAUACAGCCUAUUCUUGACCGCGUUGGAGCCAACAUCAACGCUAAGGUGGAGCUCUGUCGCGGGCUCCUCACUCUGGCCCAGGAGAAGCUGGCGUCUGAUGCUCCCCGCCUGCUCUAUGAUGACACUCUCUUCUGCCACCUGGUGGAUGAGGUGCUGCAGUUUGAAAAGGAGCUGCGUACCACCCACACCUAUCCCCCCUCCCUCCCCGGGGCUCUCCACAUUCUACUGGAGGAGGCCAUCUUCCAGAAAUGGCUCAGCGUCGAGAAGAAGAUGGCAGUGGAAAAGGUGGAUGCCAUGCUGAGUGCAGAGGGAGCCUGGACUUCUCAGUACAGAGACAUCACAGACAUGGAUGAGCUAAAGGCCCCUGACUGCGCUGAGACCUUCAUGACACUGCUGCUUGUCAUUACAGACCGGUAUCGCUCCUUGCCCAGCUCACACGCCCAACUCAGUUUCCUAGCCCUGCAGAGGGAGCUGGUGGAUGAUUUUCGCCUUCGUCUAACACAAGUUAUGAAAGAGGAGUCUCGGAACCCCCUGGGUGCACGUUACUGUGCCAUCCUUAAUGCUGCCAACUACAUCUCCACGGUGCUGAGUGACUGGGGAGACAAUGUGUUCUUCCUGCAGUUACAGCAAGCUGCAGUGUCUGAGGGUGAAGAGGUCCUGGGGCCCUUGGGGGCCACAGAGGCUGGGCGACUGGCGUCUCUGGAGGGUUCCCUGUUUGAGGAGCUGCUGGGAUUACUGGAGCGUCUCCGUGGGGACAUGCUGGGACGCCUGCUGGAUGCAGUCAUGAGAGACGUAAAAGAGAAGGCUCAGCCAUACUGCAGGGACAGGUGGAUUUCCUUGCCGUCUCAGUGUGACCAGGCCACAAUGUCACUGUCCAGCUCAGCGUGUCCCAUGAUGCUGUGCCUGAGGGACCACCUGCUCCGGCUGCAGCAGAUGCUGUGUCUGCCUCUGUUCCAGGUGUUCUGGCAGGGCCUGGCUGAGAGACUGGACCUCUUCCUCUAUCAGGAAGUUAUCCUGGCUAAUCACUUUAAUGAGGGUGGAGCAGCACAGUUACAGUUUGACAUGACCAGAAACCUCUUCCCACUGUUUGGACACUACUGCAAAAGACCAGAAAACUUCUUCAAACAUGUGAAGGAAGCCUGUAUUAUCCUGAGUUUAAAGGUGGGGCCUGCUCUGCUACUGUGUGAAGUGCUCAAACAGGCCAAGGGAGAAAACAGGGAUGAGGUUCUGGACCCCCACCAGCCCAGUCCGGAGGCUGCACUCAAUGAACUGGGCGUGUUCCGGUUAGCCCCCAGUGACGCUCAGAUCCUACUGAACCUGCGCUCAGCAUGGCAGUGAAGAGGGCGCUGGGUACACACAGUAUAGCAACGUUUCCUAAAUGGUUCCUACAGCGCCCUCUCCAGGUAAUAUCAGUCCAAUCAACAGACAAGUACUCCUGAUUAACUUUAUCAACAAUUUCCUAAGUGAAUUUCCUAAGUGAAUAACUUAUAUGAGCUUGAACUGAAAAGGUAGUCAGGCUGUUUUGGAGGUUCCAGAGGUCAGGACUGGGGAAACAGUUUCCUACAAAGGUCAGAGAACUACCACAAGACAUCAGAGGAACCUGUUAGCUUUCUUAAAGGCUCUGAAUUUAUUCAGUCCUGUGAAUUCACUACAGACUUAGGAAACAAAUCCUCAGACCACUUGAACUGUAACUCAGUGAGUAUGCAGUAUAGCUAACAGGGUACUGAAGGCUGACCCAAACUGUCCCAACUCAUCUCUGGUGAUGAAUGGGGUUACAUUCAGAUUGCUGUUUUAAGCGAUCAAAUAAAAAAAAAACACAAAAUCAACACUCUCCAUGU